AGAUGGCGCGUACUUUCAUUUGCGAGUUGGUCUUCUUUGGUUGCGUACUAGCGCAACUAGAUCAGAAAAAUCGAAACAAACUGUACGUGUAACCCGGUGCGCGUGUUACAACGUAUUACAACGUGUUACGACGAUCUCCUGCGUUAAUUUUCAUCGCGCUUGUGAAGUGAUUGAUUAGUGAGCACGAGAGAAUGCGCCACGUCUCGCUUAUUUUCUGACAGACAGUUUUCCAGGUUAUCGAAGAUUAGAAGAGUAUUUCGGAAAUCACAUAAGAAAUAGCAUUGAAAACAAAUUCACCAUGGGACGUACAGUGACUGUCGCUGUUUGCACGUUAAAUCAGUGGGCGAUGGACUUUGACGGAAAUAGUAGGAGGAUCCUGCAGAGUAUACAAGAGGCAAAAGAUGCUGGCGCCACUUAUAGAAGCGGUCCAGAGCUCGAAAUUUGCGGUUACAGCUGCGAAGAUCACUUUUACGAAUCCGACACGUUGCUUCAUAGCUGGGAGGUUUUAGCAAACCUUCUAAAGUCCAGUAUUUGCGAGGAUAUAUUGAUAGACGUAGGCAUGCCGGUGAUGCACAAGAAUGUGACGUAUAAUUGCAGAGUGGCUUUCUUCAAUAAGCGAAUUUUACUGAUUAGACCGAAAAUGCAACUCUGCGAGGACGGCAAUUAUAGAGAAAGCAGAUGGUUUUCUCCUUGGAGGAAGGAACGUACGGUCGAGGAUUAUUGGCUGCCGCGAAUGAUAUCGCGGAUCACUGAUCAAGUAAAGGUACCAUUCGGGGAUGCAGUUAUCGCGACCAGGGACACGUGCAUCGGCUUCGAAAUAUGCGAGGAACUUUGGCAUCCAGCCAGCAAUCACAUUCCGAUGUCACUGGACGGCGUGGAAAUUAUUGUGAAUGGAAGCGGUUCGUACUUCGAACUGCGUAAAGCCUACGUCACCGUAGACCUCGUUAAAUCGGCUACUUCCAAGGCUGGCGGCUGCUACAUGUUCAGUAAUUUACGUGGAUGUGAUGGCGGCAGAAUAUAUUUCAAUGGCGGUUCCAGCAUCACCUUCAAUGGCAAUAUAUUGAAUCGCGGAAGACAAUUUGCUCUUGAAGACGUCGAAGUGACCGUCGCUACAUUCGAUCUUGAGGAUAUAAGGACAUAUCGAAACAACAUCAGAUCGCGAUCACAUACGGCAGCCGCAUCGCAAAGUUAUCCGCGCGUGGCAGUCGACUUUGAGCUCACGUCGCAGAAUCUUAUAUCGAAUCCACCGGAUCGACCGAUUGAUGGAAUCCAAGAUGUGUAUGGUGAUGAUGACUCACAGUCGAGUAUCAAGUAUCAUUCUCCGGAAGAGGAGAUUGCGAUGGCACCCGCUUGCUGGCUAUGGGAUUAUCUCAGACGAUCUUGUCAAGGGGGAUUUUUCUUACCAUUGAGCGGGGGAGUCGAUUCAUCAUCCUCGGCAUGCAUCGUAUAUUCGAUGUGCGAAAUGAUUGUCGAGUCGAUCGAUAAAGGAGAUACGCAGGUUUUAGCGGAUAUUAGAAAAAUUGUAGGCGAUUGCGAAUAUGUACCAAUUGAUCCGAAACAAUUGUGCAACACUCUCCUGGUUACGUGUUACAUGGGAACGGAAAAUUCAUCGGCAGAUACCAAGGCCAGAGCGGCCGAGUUGGCCAGUCAGAUAGGAUCCUAUCAUCACAGUAUAGUCAUAGAUACCGCGAUAUCCGCGAUUUUAGGAAUUUUCCAACAGGUUACCAAAAUGACGCCGAAAUUCAAAGUGCAGGGUGGAUCGCCUAGAGAGAACUUGGCCUUACAAAAUGUGCAGGCCCGAUUACGAAUGGUGAUCGCUUACUUAUUCGCUCAAUUAAUGUUGUGGGUCAGAGGCCGUCCGGGUGGUCUCUUGGUAUUAGGAAGCGGUAACGUGGACGAGGCCUUACGCGGUUAUCUCACCAAGUACGAUUGCAGUAGCGCUGAUAUUAAUCCUAUCGGUGGCAUCGCGAAAGACGAUCUCAAAAAAUUCCUCCAUUACUUUAGAGAGAAAUACGGAAUAUCUGCUUUAGACGGUAUUGUGAAGGCACCACCCACGGCGGAAUUGGAACCGCUGCAAGCAGGACAACUCGCACAAUUGGACGAAGUAGACAUGGGUAUGACGUACAAGGAACUGUCAAUCUUUGGACGACUGAGAAAACAGUAUUGUUCCGGGCCUUUUACAAUGUUUUGCAGACUUGUACACAUAUGGAAGCGUUGUUCUCCGAAAGAAAUUGCCGAUAAAGUGAAACACUUUUAUAGAUGUUACGCUAUAAAUCGUCACAAGAUGACAAUAUUAACUCCAUCCUGCCACGCGGAGACAUACAGUCCCGAUGAUAAUCGGUUUGAUCAUCGUCCCUUCCUCUAUAAUCACUCGUGGAAGUGGCAGUUUGCGGCGAUUGACGAACAGGUCAAACAAUUCAGCGAAGAGAAACCGUCCAGAUCACGUAAAGCUGCUCCGGAAGUGCUUCCCAGAUUAAAAUUUUUUGGCGCCGAAAUCAAUGAGAUGCAUCCAGGAGUAGUAGUUUAACCGUAGCAGUAGCACUCUUUUAUCAUUUUGAUAUUGCAGCAUUGCAAUAAAUGGAUAAUCCGUAUUUCAAGCAGCAUGAUGGAUUGUAAUCAUUGAACGAGAUUAAUAUUUAAGAAAUUUUUAUGAACAACGAAAUACUGAUAAAAAUUAUUUU